ACUUGACGUCAAUACUCUCAAUAUUGCCGAUUUGUCUGAAUCUGGAUAAAAUGUGCAUGUAUUCGGUUUAAUCUCGUUUUGUCAUCUUCCCGCGCGACCUCUCGACCCGGAAGUCUUGAAGGAGCCUCCGAGAUGGUGGGAGUCUGCGGCGUCAGUCAUCGGCGGCCAUCUUAAAGCAGUGGAAUGCAAUGGCGGGGUCAGCUGCAUCGAACCUAAUGUGAGGGACUUUCUCCACUGCUAAAUCUUGACAGAUUUUCAAACAAUUUUGUCGAUAACAAACCCUAUUAGCGUGGUGAUGAUUCGGGCGGGAGGUCAAAAUUAAGUACGCAGUUAAUUUACUGCAUCUUUGUUUGAAAAAAGCUUGAAAAUUGAUCCAUUUGUGGCUAUUUCAAAAUACACACCCCGUUGACGAGAAUCGCAUGAUCCUGACACAAAAUGGCCGACAUUUGAUAACGGCUGUAUCCGGAUUGGCUAACAACGCGUAUUCCAACCGCUUGCAUCCUGGCACUUGCCUGCAUCCUGGUCACUAGCAAGUUCCCGGACCAAAAACAGGAACCAUCCCAGGCGAUGAGCGCGGCGGAGGAGCGGGACGACGUCGCGGCGGAGACGGUCGAGUCGCUCGCGGAGACUCGGGACGGCAGCGUGGUCUCGCGCUCUCCCGCCCACGCUACUCCGCCGUCACUCGCCGAACCGCCCGUGUCUUGCGUGCGCGAGAAUGAUGACGACGAGGGCGGGCCUCACGCCAAGAAGGCGCGCGUCUCGGCGGAGGAGUCCGCCGCCGCAUCCUUUUCUCUCGUCGCGAUGCCAGGUGAGACGAGGGACGGGGAGCUCGCCGGGUUCGGGUCGACGGCGCCGAGCCCGUCCUCGGCGACCGACGGCUGCGAGAGCUUUGAGGUGACCGCGACGGACGACCGCGACGGCAUCGCUGGGGAGGACGCGGCUCAAUUUCAGGUCCUGUGCGACGAGGAAGCCGGUUUGUCGCCCGACGAGAAAGCGGAGGUGGCGGCCGUCAGUCAGGCGUGGUUCACCACCAAAGAAGACAAAGACUCGCUCGCCAACAAAGGUCACAAGUGGAGACAAGGAAUGUGGUCCAAAGAGGAGAUCGACAUUCUCAUGAGCAACAUCGAACAAUACGUCAAGAGUCGAGGCGUGGAGGACCCGGCCGAGAUCGUCUUCGAGAUGUCCAAAGAGGAGCGGAAAGAUUUUUACCGCUCGGUGGCGGUGGGCCUCAACAGGCCGCUCUUUGCCGUCUACCGACGAGUCUUGCGCAUGUACGACAACCGCAACCACGUGGGCAAGUACACUCCGGGAGAGAUUGAGAAGUUGAAAAGCCUGAGGGAUCGCCACGGCAACGACUGGGCCACCAUCGGCGCCGCGCUGGGCCGCAGCGCGUCCUCUGUCAAGGAUCGCUGUCGCCUAAUGAAGGACACCUGCAACACGGGCAAGUGGAGCGAGGAGGAGGAGCGACGUCUGGCCGAGGUGGUGUACGAAAUGGCGGGCGCGUCCCCGGGCUCGGCGGUGACCGGGGGCGUUUCCUGGGCCUCGGUGGCCAACCGGGUGGGCACGCGCUCCGAGAAGCAGUGCCGCUCCAAGUGGCUCAACUACCUCAACUGGAAGCAGAGCGGCGGCACCGACUGGACCAAAGACGACGAUCUCGUCCUCGCGCGCAGGAUUUUGGAGCUGGACGUGGUCGAUGAGAACGAAAUCAAAUGGGAGGAGCUGGCGGGCGGCUGGCGUAGCGUGCGCUCGCCCCAGUGGUUGCGCUCCAAAUGGUGGAGCAUCAAGAGACAAGUGGCCAAUCACAAGGCCGUCCCCUUCCCGGUUCUGGUCAAGGGCCUCCACGAAGUGAUGUCCACGAGCGCCGCUUCCUCGCUUCAGAUCCGCCUGGGCCGCUCGGAGGAAGGCGGCUCGGGUUCGACGGCGCUGCAGAGCUGCGCGGUGCAGAUCCCGCUUCAGAUCGCGCACCUGGGUAAGUCGCCGCCGCCCCCCGCCCGCGUUCCUUGUCCGACGGUUAAAUCGACUGCGUCUCCAUCCUCAGAGUCUUCGGCGGCCGGCGGCGAGGGCGAUACCGUCGCGCUGAACGGCGGAGCGCUGCAGGCCUUUGAGAUUCUUCCGUCAUUCCAGCUGCAGCCCACCGCCACGCCGGGCACGUACGUCCUGCAGACCUCCUCCAAUCAGAGCCUGCCGCUUGGCUUGGCCGACAACGGCACGGUGACCUUGACAACCGGCUCCUCUUCAUCCCACGAGCACAUCAUCCUGCACGGUCUAACGACGGACGGCCUGUGCGGCGACGGCAUCAUCAUCCAGACGCUGGCCUCGGACGAGACGGAGGGACGGCGCCGGGAUCUUCUGGCCGAUCCGGAAAAGGCGUCCGCAGAGGAGCCGACGACCGACGAGCUGAUUUUGCCCGCGGCCGACGCUCCGGCGGCGCAUUCGUCAAUGGACGGCGGUGGCGCCGUCCUCAUCGUGCCCUCUCCCAACAUCAGCAGCACGCUGACAGAUCCCAUCUUGGAGAACCAGGACGGCUGCGAUUAGGACACUAUCCAGGUUUUUCCUUUUUUUUUUUUUUACAAGUCAAGUGCCAAUUUUUCAAGUUUUGUGGCGCGUGAUCAAGAAAAAUGCCAUCUCAUUUUACUUCAUGUAUUUAUUCAGUCAAAUAUUAAAUACAAACAAAAGAAAAACAUUGUGUUGACAAUCCGAAAGUCGUGGUGAGCUUUAUUCUUCAGGUGGGGAACAUGUUAAAAGUAUCAAACAUAAAACCCCUCA